AAGCUUUAUUGUCCUAAUAAACAGACUGCCCAAAAACAUUACACAUUUCUCCUUUCAAAUUACAUAGUGCCUUUGUUUAGGCCAUUUUUUCAUGGCUCUAGCCAUUCAUUCCACUGCAUUUUCUAGCAUCCCAAUCAGGGAGUUACCUACAAAAAAUUUGCCAGGGAAAUUCACAACAUGUUUAUUACCUAGAAGAAGUAGAUUGAAUGCUGGAAAAGAGGUAUCAAGUGUUUGUGAACCACUCCCUCCAGAUAGGCCAUUAUGGUUUCCUGGAAGUUCACCUCCUGAAUGGCUUGAUGGCAGCCUUCCUGGAGAUUUUGGCUUUGACCCACUGGGAUUAGGGUCUGAUCCAGAAACAUUAAAAUGGUUUGCUCAAGCUGAGCUAAUGCACAGCAGAUGGGCAAUGUUAGCAGUAGCUGGAAUUCUAAUUCCAGAAUGGUUAGAAAGUCUUGGAUUCAUUGACAACUUUUCAUGGUAUGAUGCUGGUGAAAGAGAGUAUUUUGCAGAUUCCACAACUUUAUUUGUUGUGCAACUAGUCUUAAUGGGAUGGGCCGAAGGCCGAAGAUGGGCCGAUAUAAUCAAUCCAGGAUGUGUUGAUAUUGAACUAAAAGUACCUCACAAGAAGAAACCAAAACCAGAUGUUGGAUAUCCUGGUGGAUUAUGGUUUGAUCCUUUUAUGUGGGGAAGAGGAUCUCCUGAACCUGUUAUGGUUUUGAGAACUAAGGAGAUCAAGAAUGGUCGACUCGCUAUGUUAGCUUUUGUUGGAUUUUGUUUUCAGGCUGUUUAUACUGGACAAGGACCUAUUGAGAAUUUAAUGUCACAUCUUGCUGAUCCUGGACAUAACAACAUAUUCGCGGCUUUUGGAUCCCAAUGAUGGUAUUAUAUUCAAGAUAGAAGAGAUUCAGAGUUGAAGAUACUUGCACCAACAAUUACAAAUGACUACAUUGUACCAAGAAAUUCUUCUUUAUGUUAAUGCAUUCAUGUAAAUGAGAUAUCAUUCUUGACAUAAUCGCGGUUUCUUUAAAUUUUCUGACCUUGUA